UAAGACACUGGUGUGUUUUCAGGGAAACACAGAGUAUGUGGCACAGUUACAUUUAUAUUCUGGGUCAGUGUUUCUCAAACUUGGGAACUUUAGGAUGGGUGAAUUUGAACUCGAAGAAUUCUCCUUCCAUCUUAAAGUAGCUAACUUUGAGAAACUUUUCUCUGAAUGAACCUGAAUCUCUGCACCACCACAGCACUGACAAUUCAGAGCAUUUACAAAAAUUGGUGUUAGCUUUUGGAUGGAUCCCACGUUGAGGGGGUUGCAGAGGAAAACCAAGGGCAAGAUGAAUGUUUGAAAGGAGGGAUUUCAUGGGAGAAACCGUCGGCUCUCCUUCAUUCUGGAAACAUGCCAAGAGGAUCCCAAGAGUGAUAUAUUGAUUUUGGUAUACUUGCAUUUUGAAAAAAUUAUGAUCCAAAGAUUAUUGGCUCUGGAGACCUUCACGUCACAGAUAAAGGGAGCCGAAGCUAAAAUAGGAUAAUAGCCUUUAAAUCCCCUUCUGUAACUACUCAGUUCUUCCCUGUCAGCAAGAUUAACGCGAUCAACAGCAGUGUCUCCUUCCCUGCCCCUCUUUUCCAUGCCUGCAUCCCAUCCUGAGUUUUAGCAACAACUGGAGUGAGUGAAGAGUGACUGGAGUGAAAUGUGAGGCUGCAGCUCGAGUCACGAAUGCUCCGGGCAAGAAGAAGCAGAGCCAGAAAGCCGCGGCAAGAAACACUUCAGAAAACCUGGGUGGUGGGGCUAGAGAGUGUCACCCAUGAGAAAGUUCAAUCAAAAGAAGCAACUUUCCAUCUUGGAUGAAAAAGCACCUAAAACUCCACUGCAGUCUUCCGCAGAAUGCAAGGCAGCUGAGUGCAUAGACACCCAAACAACUAUUCCCUAUGGAUUGCAUCUGUCCCAGGAAACUGAGAAGUACUUGGGUGAGGAAGAGGAGGAGGAAGAGCAGAAGAGACUUCUUUCGAAACUUGCAUUUGAUCCCGCUUUUGCUUCUGGAACAUUAGCUUCCUCCUCGGUGCUCAAUAUUAAUGUUGGUGGCCGAACCUACCAUCUCACGUACCAGGCAGUGGCCACCUAUCCCAACACCCGCCUCGGACGCUUGGUUACUUCCACCGAUCGCCAUCGCCAGCUAGGCCUCUGUGAUGACUACGCAGCUCAGGGGGAUGAGUAUUUCUUCGACCGAGACCCUGCGGUUUUCCAGCUGGUCUACAACUUCUAUGCUUCUGGGGUGUUACAGGUACAAAAUGAGCUGUGCCCCCACAGCUUCUUGGAAGAGUUGAGCUACUGGGGAGUCCGUCUCAAAUACACGCCCCGCUGCUGCCGGAUCUGCUUUGAAGAGAGAUGCGAUGAGCUGAAUGACCAACUAAAAGUGCAGGAGGAGCUCCGUGCUCAGGCGGCUGUCCAGGAGAGCGAGGCCCUCUUCUGCCACAUGCGCUAUGCCACGCAACGGUGGCGCCUUUGGAACCUCAUGGAGAAGCCCUUCUCUUCCACCAUGGCCAAAGUUGUGGGGGUUGCCUCCAGUUUUUUUGUUCUCAUAUCCGUGGUGGCCCUUGCUCUCAACACAGUCGAGGAGUUGCAGCAGAAGGACAAAGCCACUGGAGAGAUGCGGCCAGUGUUGGAACACGUGGAGACCUUCUGCGUGGCCUUCUUCACUCUAGAGUACAUACUGCGGCUGCUCUCUACUCCUGACUUACAGCGCUUUGCUAGUAGCGCUCUCAAUGCUGUGGACCUCAUUGCUGUCUUGCCCCUCUACCUUCAGCUGUUGCUAGAGCUUUUUAUCGAUGAGAUCCACACUGGUGGGCAUGGGUCCCAGCAUGAACAUGAGAUUGAGAAAGUGGGCCGAGUGGGCAAAGUAGGGCAAGUGCUACGCAUCAUGCGCCUGAUGCGCAUUUUCCGCAUCCUGAAGCUAGCCCGCCAUUCCACAGGGCUCCGAGCCUUUGGCUUCACUCUGCGCCAGUGUUACCAGCAGGUGGGUUGUCUCCUGCUCUUCAUCAUCCUGGGCAUCUCUGCCUUCUCAGCCAUGGUCUACACCGUGGAGCAUGACGUCGUUAGCACAAACUUCACCAGCAUUCCUCAGGCCUGGUGGUGGGCUGCCGUAAGCCUUUCUACUGUGGGAUAUGGAGACAUGUAUCCGGAGACCCACCUGGGACGGGUGUUUGCGUUCCUCUGCAUCGCUUUUGGGAUCAUCCUGAACGGCAUGCCCAUCUCUGUCCUCUACAAUAAAUUCUCGGAUUACUACGGCAAGCUGAAAGCGUAUGAAUACACGGCUAUACAGAAAGACCGGGGGAAAGUAGAAUUUGUGCAACGGGCCAUGAAGAAGAUGUCGGAGUGCUACGGAAAGCAAUCAGCCCCAUCCCCAAGCCACAGAUAGAAUUAAUACAGGUGGUCCUUGACUUACAACUGUUCAUUUAGUGACCAUUCAAAGUUACGACCGUGAAAAAAGUAACUUACGACCAUUUUCAUACGAUUGAGGCAGCAUCUCUAUGGUCAUGUGAUCAAACUUCAGACACUUGGCAACUGACUCAUAUUUGUGACGGUUGUCCCAGGGUUAGGUGAUGAUUUUGGGUGAUCUUCUGACAAAGUCCAUGGGAAAGCCAGAUUCACUUAAGAACUUAACAAUUGCAGUGAUU